AUGAUAAAUGAAUGGUUCACUGAGUUUGUCCGAACUAAUCCGGCUGCUCAACAACCUCCACCCUCACCUUUUCCCCAAUCGAUCCCUAGAGCUCCUCAAGUUUUAGAACUGAUACAUAUGAGCAAACCACCAGUAGAUGAAAUUCGAAAGUAUGGGGCCGAAGAGUUUAGAGCUACAGUUGAUGAUGACCAUGAGAGAGCUGAGUUUUGGCUAGAGAAUACUACCCGAGUUUUUGAUGAGUUGUCUUUUGAUAAAGCACACAAAGCCGAAGACUUUAGCAAAGAAAAAAGAAGAGCCGAUUCUGAGGCUAGGGAUUCGAGAAAGAGGUUGACAGCUAAAGCCACUUCAGUAGCGAGCGUUGGUAGUUUCAAGGCCAACAAACCUGAGUGUCAACAGUGUGGUAGACGAUAUUUUGGAGAAUGUUGGAUGAAUGACAGAGCCUGUUUUAGAUGUGGCUCACAAGAGCAUUUCAUUCAGGAUUAUCUUCAGUUACCUGAGAAAGACAAACUCCUGACUGCUCAACCGAGCAAUAUAGCUACAAGAGAGAGACCACCCCGAAAUACUAGAGAUAUGAGUGGUAGUAGAGGUGCAACAUAUGAUUCUGCUAUAAGAUCCGAGGCACAGGUGUCAGCCAGAGCUUACACUAUUCGCGCUCAUGAAGAUGCAUCGACGCCAAAUAUUAUCACCCGUACUUUUUCUCUUUAUAACACUGAUGUAACUGCAUUGAUUGAUCUUGGAUCAACUUAUUCUUAUGUGUGUACAAAUUUAGUGACUAGUAAGAGUUUAACUGUCGAGUCCACUGAAUUUGUGGUUAAGGUAUCGAAGCCCUUAGGUCAGUAUGUUCUAAUUGAUAAAAACGAUGAGACUCUACGUAUUGAAUCUGAUAAUUUGAGUGGGUUACCUGUUGUAGUAUCAACUAUACUAGCACAAAAGUAUGUGAGAAAGGGUUGCGAUGCAUAUCUUGCAUAUGUACUAGAUACAAAAGUGUCUGAGAUGAAGAUUGAUUCUGUACUAGUGGUUAGUGAAUAUUCAGAUGUAUUUCCAAAAGAGUUACCUGGGUUACCACCAAUCAGAGGGGUUGAAUUUACUAUUGAGUUAGUACUGGGAACAUCACCGAUAUCGGUAGCUCCAUAUAGAAUGGCUCUGACAGAGUUGAAAGAGUUGAGAGCUCAGUUGUAA